GUCAUUACGGUAACAUGUUUACCGCGCAUGCGUUGUUUUUACAAUAUGUCUGCGCCCUUGAGAAUGCAUGAAACUACGGGAUUAGGGAAAACAGUCCAAUUAAUCUAAUUUCUGGGGAAUGUAUCAUUGCUAAUGCGCAAACAUCUGCAUGGCUCAUCUCUCUCUCAGGUUUCGAUCAACAGGAGUGGUGAUUAUUCCUAUGGUUUCUAAUAAUACUCAUGAACAGGACUAGGUCGAUCAUGCAACUUUAUGGUAAAUGUUGGUUCAGUCGGAUUCCGACUAGAUGCUUUCUGAGUUGGGUUUCUGACGCCUAUCAUGUACCCCGCGUACAAAGAUUGUACCACAGAAAUAUAUAUACAAGGCAUCAUAUCAGUAGACAUGAAACCCACUCAAUGUUUGGGCACAUGUUAAAGCUUCGUGGUUUUCAUGGGUCUCAGUCAGUAUUGCUGUCGAAGAUUUUAUCAGUGGAGGAAAUGUUUUCGAAGCCAUCGUUGCAAGAGUACUUGAAUAAAGUGGAAGAUGAGUACGAUGCUAGUUUAAAUAGUGUAAACACGAUGGAAGGUCAAAGUCAUGGCGAGGAGGAACUGAGUCAGAAGAGGAUUCGAGUCUCGGUUUUAAGGCCGUUGGUCCAGCACAUCGGAGAUCUCAGAUUAAAGCAGAAAGAGCUUGAAGAAACUGAGGAAUUACUAAAAGACCCCGAUUUAUGUGAACUAGCAGAAAUGGAGAGAGAAGCUUGUCAAACCGUUAUCCAGGACUUGAAACAAACGAUCCUGUCUCUCAUCAUUCCUGCUGAGGAAUCAGACAUGAGUGAUCUCGUCCUUGAGGUCACUGCUGGGAUUGGAGGACAGGAGGCAAUGCUUUUUACAGCAGAGAUGUUUGACAUGUACCAGAGCUUUGCUGCCUUCCAAGGCUGGGGGUUUGAGGUGCUGGAGUACACACCCAGCGAAAUAGGUGGAUUGAGGCAAGGGAGUGCCAGUAUUUGUGGGCACUUGACCUACAAGAAGAUGAAGUUUGAAGCUGGAGUCCACCGCGUGCAGAGGGUCCCCAAAACUGAGAAACAGGGCCGCAUGCACACCAGCACAACGACAGUUGCAAUAUUACCUCAGCCCACAGAGAUCACAUUUACAAUUCAGUCAAAAGAUCUCAGGAUUGAGACAAAGAGGGCCAGUGGAGCUGGGGGACAGCAUGUCAACACAACAGACAGUGCUGUACGAAUUGUCCAUAUCCCCACAGGAGUGGUAUCAGAGUGUCAGCAGGAACGGUCCCAGAUAAAGAAUAAAGAAACAGCCAUGAAGUGGCUACGGGCAAAGCUUUACAGCAUGAAGCUGGAAGAGGAGACAAGUAAAAGAUACCAGACACGCAAGCUACAGAUUGGAAGCAAAGGGAGAUCGGAAAAGAUCAGGACCUACAAUUUUUCCCAAGAUCGCGUUACGGACCAUCGUAUUGGGAAAACGGUGCAUGACGUCCGGGGAUUUAUCUUGGGAGAAGACUUAUUAGAAGAAAUGAGCGUGUCUUUACAGCAGUUUUCUGAACAAGAAACACUUCUGGACAUUUUGGGGGAUAAUGACAGCUGAUUACUCUACCUGACGUUUUCUAUGUACUUUAUUCUAUGGACUUGACUGUCAAGGAAGAGGUCCUCUUCCCGCCCGUUUUUUGGACUGCUUUGAUUUCCGGUAAUGCCUUGUUUUAAAACAAUUUAUUUUAAAUAAAAACACAGGCAUCAAGGCAUCUUGCCAAAGUCUAUGACAUGGUGCAGGUUCAUUAUUGUGUUUGUAUGCAAUAAGACAAGCUGUUGAAAUGCUACUGAUCAAUAAAAACGUGUGGUAAAUGUGUUACCACAGGGGAACUAUAA